AUGGAGGGCGGAGAAUGCAGUAGACCAUCUUCGAAAAUCAAACUGCACAUUUACAGCAAAGUUCCAAGAAAAAAGCAUGUUAGUGAAAACCUUUUUGUAAGGACCUAUACUAAAAAUCCAAGGAGAAAACCUAAACCUUGGACACCCGAGGAGUCGGAAGCACUGAUCAAAGGAAUCAAGGAGUUUGGGCAUGGGAAAUGGAAAGAGAUUCUGGAGAAGUACAAGGAUGUGUUCAAAGAGGACAGGAAGCACAUCGACUUGAGUGAUAAGUUCCGAGUGAUGAGCAAAAAGGCGUCCUACUACUACACCACAAAGAUAAACUUCAUCGAAGUCAAUGACGAAGGAGAAGAGAUUUCAAAUGAAUUUGGAGAGAGGCGUGUGUAUCCCUCCAAAUUCCCCUAUUCUGCAGCAAAGAAGGCUGGGUUAUACAGGCUGUCCUCUGGAAUGAAGGAGGCAGUGAUUAACAUACAGGGAGAAAGAAACGGAGUUGUAGUUCGGCACAAGUAUCAUGUGACUAAGUCUCAAGAUUCACGCUCUGGAGUCCAUCUGGUCAAGAUAGGCAGUGAAACCAUAGAAAAAGUCAAGGAGAUAAAGAAUUUGCCAAAGACCUUAGAUUCCAAAGAAUAA